UACGUUAGCCGCCAUUGUUGGUUGCUACAGAAAACAACAGAAAGUCCCCGCGCACCGACUGAAGGAACAAUCAUGCCUCCCAAGAAGGCGGCCCCUAAGCUGUCCAAGGCAGAAAAAGAGAAACUCCAGCAGGAGGAAGAUGAGAGAAAAGCACAGGAAGAUGAGGAGGCCCGUGAAAAAGCUGCUGUUGAGGAGAAGGAACGAAAGGCAAAAGAAAAACAAGUCGCAGCAGAAAAGAAGAAGCUAGAAAAUGAGGAGAAAAAAAAUAGAUCGAUAGAAAUGAGAGAGUUGACACAGAUUGUGGAAAGAAACAGAGACGCUUUAAAUGAACUACACAACAACAGGAGAAAGAAGGCAAAGUGGGCCAGAUAUAUGAGGUGUGAUGGUUCUCCAGAUCCCAUAAUCGCCGGAGAAAUAAACACUUACAUUAACCUACGUAUGGAGGACCGGGAACAUGAUGAUGUAGAGUCCGUGUUACAGGCCAGUAAACUGGACAUCUCUUUGAUCAAUGAGCUCGACUUUUUACUGGAAGACACGCCCCCAGAAGAACUGUCAGCGGAUGAGGUAGCACGGUAUAUGGAAACCAAGGAAGACCUGCAGACAUUGAUGAAGACUAAACUUGAUUUUGCGACAAUGAAACUUUUACAAGAAGCAUCUGUACGAGCUGACCCUGAAACAUUAAACCUACAGUACGCCAUUAAAAAUGAGGACACCUGUCUAAGUGUGUGGGGCAACCUGAGUAAAAACCCCAGAAUUAAAUCAUUUGAGUUUGCAAAGCAAGGUUUCACUUUUGAUAUCCCUCGCUUGUUGACGCUGUCGGACUGUGGUAUCCGUGUCCUGGAUCCUAAGUAUGAUCACUACUCUCCAACCUGUAAGAGCUUUCAUCCCAGACCCAAGAAGCAGCCAGAACCCGAGGUGGUACCUGAGGAGGAAGUCCCAGCAGUAGAAGAGGCCUGUAGCUGUGAGGAAGAGAAGAAAGAGGUCGGAGAGGAGGAGGCGCCAGUAGAGCGUGAAGAGACGGAUUUAAUGGCUGCAUUAAAGGAGUUGGAAGAUGGACCAAAAGAUGAAAAUGAAGAAGAGAAAAAAGAGGAAGAAGAAGAAAAGGAAGAAGAAGUAGAAGAGUUUGAGGAAAGAGCAACACCUGAGCCACAAGAAUGGGAGGACUUUGCCGAGGAUGAUGACAUUGUUGACCUUCGAGCCAAUGACAUUGUUGGAGGUGUAUUACAUUUUGAUUUGAUGCACCUGCCACCCCAGCCCAAAAGUAUGGCGUCGUGGACAACCACACUCUUGGUAGACCCACCUGAGAUACAAUACAUGGACUAUGUAGCAGACAUUGCCCUGGCCCCACCCUCUGCCACUGAGAAUGACACACCUACUCAGGAAAAGAAGGAAAAGGAACAGGCACAAGAAACCAAGCGUGAUGAAAAGCCACCAAUUGGUGUCACCAUGAAACUCCCAUCCGAGGUGUUGUUCUCCGAGGAGCCACUCAUUGCUAGAUGGGACUACACAAAGAAACACUGGAAACAGGAUGGCUUCUCAGACAUGAAAUACGAUGAAGACAAGAGAGAAUUCUUUUUCAAGACAGCAUACUUUGGAACAUUUGCAUUGAUGCAGGAUUCACACCUAAACAUGCCUUUCCAGUCCUGGGAGAUUCGACCCCACGGCACCAAUUCUGCCGUCCUCACAAUCAUUGCUGCCAUUGUAGAAAUAGAAAUUGAAAUUAAGGAUUCAGUUUGCUGUCUCAGCAAACCUGAGGACAGACCAGAGCUGGACAAAAUCAGAAAUGUUUGGGUCACUCCAAUGGAACUUGUAAAGAUGUUGAAACACGCAGGAAUUAAUGUGUUUCCAGCUGUAGAUUCAUCAAAAUAUGUUAGCAUUCAGAACAAGCACCCAAUCGUGGCAGAAUCGGCCUAUGAGCAGAUAGCACUGACAGCAUCAUCAUUCGCCUACUCUUGGUCCAAGUGGAACGGUGAGAUUCAGGAGAGGGACAAGAUCUUCUUCCAGGUGUCAGAGUGCCUUCAGGAUGAACCCCUGCUUGAGGAAGACUGGGGUGUGUUCCUCAUGACCAAGAGGAGAUCAAUGAAACUCAACUUAAGUGACUUUGAUGAGACUUACAAUGAAGAAAUGGCAGAUGGAACUGUGUUUAAAUCCAAUUUGUACCACUUGGUUGAAGACCUAGCUACUCCAGCAGCCAAAGAAAGGAUUGUCAACACAAGUUUCCAGUUUGUGGAUUGUGUUACCCAGAUCCUCAAGUCAACCAAACUUUUAACAUUUGCCUGAGACUUGUAAAUCUACUCUGACAUUCAGAAAUUAUUAUCAACAUGUCAAAAGGAGAAAUAACAACCUGUUGUCAUUGAAACUUAAAUCUAAUUUCCUCAAGAACAUAUUUUCACAGCUCAUCUACAAAUAUGUUGUAUAGCAUCUGGAGAAAUGAACAGUUAUAUUUCAAACACUCAGUGUGUAAACAUGUACGAGAUAUGUAAAUUCUCAGUUAUCUCCCUUAAGAAUGAUAAUCUUAAUUCUUGGUUGUCUCCCUUGAACAAAGAUGAUCAAUUCUUGAUUGUCUUCCUGAAUGAAAGAUCAUUUCAAUUCUUGAUUACCUCCCUUGAGGAAAGAUAAUUGUCAACCGUCUCCCUUGAAGAUAGUAAUUCAUAAUUCUCGAUUGUCUCCCUUUGCUGAUGAAUGAGGAAAACUUUUUCCAGUAAAGAAUAUGACAUUCAUGUAACUGUACAAACCUACUCAGUGUGACUGUAUGUUGCAUCACUGUAAGUAAUAAGGUCAAGCAUCAUCCGAAAAAAAAAAUUCAUGUAUGAAUAUUUACUGCUACAGAUCAUCCUUCACUUCAAACCAUAAUAUAGAUGUUUGUAUGAGCAAAUCCAACUGUUGGUGAAGAUAUCGUGGAGAAUAAUUGAUGACAACAUACAGAAAUACCCCAGACAGUGGAUGGUGAACCCUAUGAGCUAUGUUGAACAUGGCAUAAGCUAAUAGUGUGGUCCAAAAUGAUGUUGCUUUUGUUGCACAUUGUGAUAUUGAAUAUGAAAAGUUCAGUUUAUUUAACUGUAAAUAUAACACACUGUACUGUUAUUUAUGUGUGUACAUUCCAAGCUCAUAAUGAGUGAUAUUUAUCGAUGAAACAUGUCUAUUUUAAAUAAAAUUGAAAUGCUCAC